UCCCCCCAGCAGUACAUGGGUGAGGAGCUGGCUCCCCACUUCAGCCAGAUGACUCUGAGUCGUCAGGGUGCCAGGGAGGCCCCGGAGCCCCCCGCCAUGUACCAGACCCAGGGGCCCACUGUCCUCACCCAACACCCUCCACCCCAGACGGGCUUUAUCAUGGCCACCACGGCACAGCCCCCGUCCCCUCAGUCUGGCUACCAGCCUAACACCAGACACCUCCAUCAUCCUCCUCCACCCCCUCCUCCACCCCCUCCCUCCCAGACCAUCAUGCAGCCCCCACCACCACCGCAGGGGUACAUGCAGCCGUCUCCCCCUCAACAGGUAUGAUACUGGCUUCGCAAUCGAUCAUCAACGGUUGUCCCAAAAUCCUUUAUACUUGGUUUGAAUCAAUAA